AUGGCCGGCCGCAUCGCCUUCCUGCAUAUAUUCUACUUCAGUGUCGCCUUAGCUGAUGUCAAGAUCCAGAGAGCAAAUGCCAUUUCGACAGCCGACUCCGUAGGCGUAGCCGAACAACGUGGAGGCCAAUAUGAGAGGCCCAUCGGUUACUGUAACGUAUACGAUAGCCAUCUGGUUGGAUGCAAGUGCAACACCAACGGCUUCCUCGCCUUUGCAGAUGAAUUUGGGAUCCUCUAUGGUGUGAUGUGUACGACGAAGUGCGCCAAUGCGACCACCUGUCCGAAACCUCCUACUAAGUGGGCCCAGUGCCAACCAUUCCCAGGAUGCUCCAUUGCGUGCAAUCUCGACACGGACUGCCCUGCAGGGGCUAAGUGUAAACUAAUCGAAAAACCCAGCGGCAAACUUUGUUUGUUCCCUCCCUAUUAG